GCUGCUCAGGACCUAACUCCUUGCUCUUGCAAGAAGGCCGCGGCUGGCCCUUUUGGAAGGAACAAGCUAAUGGGGAAUCUUCUUGACUUCCUUUCUUCUUCAAACCUAACUGAAAUACCUUCUACUCAAACUCAAAAUUUUGUCGAACUCGAAGGGCCUGCUUCAGAAGACCCUACCAAGGCAAAGCAAGCAGUACACUCAGGGGAGCCCAUGGAGGAUUCGACUAGGGCUUCAAUGGAUGUCAACCAUGAGCCUUUCAUCCAUCCCGAUCUCCCCCCUGCUUCUUCCAAGCCAAUUCCUCCUUCCUCCGAUCUUCUAAAAUCCAUCCUAGUGCUAUCUGAUGAUCAUGCCUCCAAUAAACGCAAAGUGCCAAAAACCUGA